GGUUAUUGAUGUCCCUGUCUGUGCUCCAAGUUCAUAUCGGCGAAAUCUGGAAAUCGCGUUCCUGUCACGAACGUCAAAUGACAUAAAGACACGCAAAUGAACGCGAUUUAAUUAAUUCUAAGCAAGGAUAUUUGUUUGCAGCACGAACUUUCUCCAUUUUAUCAACACAACUUUCUCCAAUUUUCAUGCCGAAGCAUAUAAUUCACGAAUACACCAAUUACUGCAUGUAAAUGUCUAUUCCGGGACGUGGUAUUGCUGGUGUAUAAUGUAGCAGUUAUCGCGUGUUGACCCGUUGUUUAGGUAGGAAUUCCCUGUCUCGAGCCAGUUUAAAUAAAAGCCACCUUUUGGUGAAGACGUGUCAUUUUGAUUUAAAGCAUAUCAUAACAAAAUACGUCUGAGCCGAUUUGAUAAUUAUGCGUUCUUCGGUCACCGGGAGAUGAAUGGAUAGUCGAGAUAUUUUGUAAGCUUGCGUGAUACUGUAUUAUUUUUUUUUUCUGAUGUCUCCAUCGGAUCUCCUCGCUAGUACAUUUGGAAUCCAAUUACAGUUGCGUGCAGAUGCUCUAUGGAUGGUUUUCCGGUAAACAGCGCGCAUUGUGCAAGUAGAAAUAUAAUGUGUGUAUCACUAGAGUAACUGUCGACUGUGCAAACCAUACGUGAAGGAUGAUUGAGUUUUAAGUGGAAAUCCGCAUGCGCAAGAAUGCUCUGUAUUGUUGAUUUUCAAGUGGAUGGCGGUUUUGUUGACAUUCGUGUGUGUGAUGCAGGGGAGUGUUGACGUAUGAAGAAAACUUAGUGACUGCACUGGGAUAACAUUUACCUUUCCUGUGAAUUUUUGCUGUGAAUUUUUGUGUUUGACAAUGUCAAUGCCACACCGCACACAGAGACAGCAGUGCUAUCUGUGUGAUUUACCCCGCAUGCCCUGGGCUAUGCUACACGACUUUUCUGAGCCGGUGUGUCGGGGAUGCGUCAACUACGAAGGAGCAGACAGGAUAGAAAUGGUGCUGGAGAGUGCACGGAGUAUGAAACGUUCACAUGGAUUCCACGAGAGCCGUCAAUCUAUGAAACAUCAUGGGCUACCACCCCAGAGGACUUCCAUUGACCAGCAUGGAUCCAUAGACCACCCACGUGGUCAUCACCCACCUCUGGAACGUUAUGAUAGCCGCUCAAGAAACAUAAUGAACGACUAUAACUCACCCCCACAGAACCAUUCCAACGGAGUUGUUCCACCCCGAGUUGAGGACCAACUGCCAGAUCACCACCGUGGGCCCAACAUUCCAAUAUCGUCUGCUCGUGCAGUAUCGGCAGUAUUCCCGAUACAUCAUCUCCCGGACCACAAUGCUCGCUUCUGUGCUCAUCCCCAGGGACGGCCUGGAUAUGGACCAAAUCCUAAUGUUACUUCCAUGGGUGGACAUAGUUUGCAGCAUACAAAGAAACGUAGCGCUGACCAUGAUGACGAUGAAGUCACUGGUGGUCAUCAUGAAGAUAACAUCUUCAAGUUUACCUCACCAGAAGACAUGGCGAAGCGUCCACAAAUUGUUCGUGAAACUAUCGCAGCCUUGUCGUCGGCAGUACCAUUUGAAAUCCGAUUCAAAAAAGACCAUCAUUUUGUCGGUCGUGUUUUUGCAUUUGAUUCCACUUCCAAAAAUGGUGUUGACUUUGAAUUGAAGGUUUUCAUGGAAUAUCCUCUUGGUUCAGGUAAUAUUUAUAACAGUGCAUCAAGUGUCGUAAAACAAAUGCAUGUAGACAGUAUCAAAGAUGUGGGCAAAGGACUGUCAUCAGGUUACAAGUAUCUAGAGUAUGAAAUGAAACACGGUUCAAACGACUGGAAAAUUUUAAGUGAACUUUUAUCGGAGACCGUGAGAUUCUUUAAAGAGCAAGUAAAACCGGAAAUAAUCCCGUCCCCAUACCACAACCCCAGCUUACCACCAUUGCCCACACCAAGUACAAGACCACAUGUACCUUUGGCCCACACUAGAAGCCAAGGCUCUCAUGGAUCGUUUGAGGGGCAGUCCAAAAAACGGAAAGCAUCCCCAGAGCCAGAUAACGAUUUCGGGGAACAGAGAAAACGUCAGCAGUGGAUACAAAACCAAUCAGAGGUACUGAAGAUGACCAUUAAUUCCAUUAAUUCAACGGGAUAUACAUCUGCAGGUUCCUCAUCGACCUCCCCCACCAGUAACCAUACCCCCACACCUCCAGAAUGCACAAAUAUCAAUGGUCCUUCGCCAAUGGCAGCACUAAUGAAUGUCACCGAUAACAUUUCUUCCGGUCCUGUUUCGCCAAACAACCGAAAUUCUCAUAAUUCUCCGGGUGGUUCUCAAGUGCCAUCUGCUGCAAGACGAGGACCACACAUGUCUAUAAAGGAAGGCACGUCUUCAUCGUUGUUGGAAACUAACGUUCAGAGCUCAGAAACUUUAAAAUGUACGCUCUGUCACGAGCGUCUUGAAGACACCCAUUUUGUACAAUGCCCUUCUGUUAGUGAGCACAAGUUCUGUUUCCCAUGUUCUAGAAAUAGCAUCAAGAUGCAAGGGGCUGGUUCGGAGGUUUAUUGCCCCAGUGGAAAAAAGUGUCCCUUGGUUGGGUCCAACGUGCCAUGGGCCUUUAUGCAAGGUGAAAUUGCAACAAUACUUGGUGGUGAUGUCAGGCCAGACAUGAACAUCAAAAAAGAGCGAGACACGUGACUGAAAUAUGAAAAGAUUUUUUUUAAAAGAAAACCGUAACCCAAAACGGUUUUAAUUAUCUCUCCAGUUCUGUUGUUGAAAGUUACCUUUGUCUUGAAAGCAGGAAGAUGUUUGAGAGGGAUUUAUUUGAGAAAAGAAGGAGUCUCGCAAUCGUUUUAUUGGAGACCAAGCAUCAUUUCUAGAUGGCGCCGAAUGAUUUGAUCGACCAAAGGAUUUCCGCAGGCAGAAAACAUGCUUAAAAUCUGGACACGAGAAUUGUGAAAACAUUUGUUCGCUCUAACAAGCUUCGUUUACACCGAUUUUCAUGUUGUUUUUUCAACAGUUGUUUUAAGCAUUGUGAAUAUGUAACAUUCAUCCUCACGUCAUUUGUUGUCUACUUUCGCAUCAAACGACUUCUGCGAUUUGUGCUGUUAAAAUCACGUUUUUAUCACUUCAACGCACACACGUUAACUUUUUUGUCGUGAUAUAAAUGUUGAUGUAUUGUG